AUGGCGGGCGGCGAGGCUGAGGAAAAACUCGAGAAUGUGCCGACCAUCAAGGCCUACAAGAAUCCAGACUUCCUCGCGUCCCACGCUGCGCGGAAGAUCCGGAUCAUGUGCGAGCUUCAGGAGCCUGAGCAAAGGCUGGCGGAGGCGCAGAUAGACAACUACUUCCUCUUCCUUGGCUCGCACCAGGUGAUGCACCCAGAGGAGCGAACGAAGCUCAUGACGGAGCUGAGCGAGAAGGUCAAGAAGGGCGGGCCGCGGGACGAGAUGGAGGCUCUGAGCGCCAAGAUCUCCUGGAAUAAGAGGCUCAUGCCGAUGGACAAGUACUACACCGUCGCCAUGGAGCUGGCUGGCAUGAUUGCGAAGUUUAAUCUGGAGAAGAAGAAGUGCAUUGCGAUGUGA